AUGGUGACCAAGGCCAAGGUAGCAGUUUUAUGCGUCAUGCAGUGCAUCUGGGCGACCUUUGCUGCCCUCUCCAGUGAUCGUCGUCGAUUUGGUGGCUAUACUCGAAAAAAUGUGAACACUUUCGCGUCGAAUGCGUUUGACAAAGCUGUAGCAAGUCGAAGAACUAAAUGGUUUCACAGGAAGAUGCGUUGUGAUAGACGGACAUUCUUUGCCAUUGUCACGUUAGUCCAGAGCCAGUGGAUUGGCAAGAUCCAUCACAACACCAAGCACAACCUAACGAAACGAGUUGCUGUGACGAUGGUGUAUUUGGCCAGUGGAGGCUCCACGGACAACGCGGCGACAGUACUUGGGAUGUCAAAGUCAAGCGCUGUGGUAUACAUUAAUCAAGUUCUUUCGGUUCUGUCUAAAAUGGCUAAACAAAAAAUUACACUGCCCUCGGCGUUGCAGAUGCAACAAGCAGUGAUGGUAGGGCUGGUAGCUGUACGAUGGCGUUUUGAGGGGUCAUAG